GGAUAGUAUAACGAGUUGUAUUACCAAUCAAAGCGGAGUAGCGCACCACCUUGUACAUGAGUUCGAAGCAUCUUCAAGACACCCCGAACACUACAGUACCUCACAUAUUCAUCCCUCGCUGAAACCAUUAUCAUCAAUCAACAAUCCAUCAUGGAACCCAAGAUCUUCCUCACAGGAGGAACAGGCUACAUAGGCGGCUCCGUCCUGCACACCCUCGCAACCGCCCGUCCAGGAUACGACAUCACCGUGCUCCUCCGCCGAACCCCUGAAACCUUCACAUCCACCUACCCCAACAUCACCAUCCUAACCGGCGACUACUCCAGCACCACACUCAUCGCCUCCGCCGCCCAAAACGCCGACAUCGUCGUCCACAACGGUGACUCAGACCAUGAAGUGAGUCUAAACGCCAUCAUCACCGGUCUACUCCGACGUCCAACACCAGGCUACCUACUCCAUCUUUCCGGCACAGGGAUAGUAUCAGACUGGGCCGACGAGUCGUAUCUAGGCAAACUAAACCCAAAGAUAUGGUCCGACACUACUUCCUUGCCGGAAAUCCGUCAACUACCAUCCACAGCCCUCCACCGCAACACCGAAACCAUCUUACACGAAACCAUAGCUAAGCAUGGAGACAAGAUCAACAUAGCCAUCAUGUGUCCCCCAGAUAUCUACGGUAAAGGGCUAGGACUAGCGAAAACACACAGCGCCCUCAUCCCCUUCUUCAUCAAAGAAGCGAAGAAACUAGGUGGAAACCCGUUCUACUACAACCAAGGCACCAAUACGCGGAGCUGGGUGCACAUCGAAGACCUAAUGCGUCUCUACCUGCAUGUCAUCGAUGCCGCAGCAUCGAAAUCCUCCCCUGGUGAUUUCUUCAACGAAAACGGUUACUAUUUUGCUAGCACGCAAGAGCAUUCCCAAAUCGAUAUUGCGAAAGCAACCGCAGAGAUCUUACACAGACAUGGUGUGAUCAAAGAUGCAGAGCCGGUGCAGAUAAGUAUGCAGGAGUUGGAUAAGAUGGCUAAUUUGCCUGGGUUUCCUAAACUGGCGAGGUAUCUAUUUGCAAGUAAUUCGCGGACGAGGGCUGAGAGGGCGGCGGGGAAAUGGGGGUAUGGGGGUGAGGCGAAGGGGUUGUUGGAGUGUUUGGAGGGGGAUGUACUGGAUGCUUUGCGUGGAUGAAUUUUGUAAUCGCUAGGGAUAAAGGUGGCAUGCUGGCUACUCAUGUAGCAGUGAGCUCAAGGAUGACAUUGCAUAUGGGAACCGGCCUAGUGGCGACGAUGUAUCAUAAAUGAAUGACGGGUAUGCCAGAGCUGAUAGGGGUCUGAAUGGUCUCACUGAUAUUUGUAGCGGGUGAUGAGUAUUGUGUAUGUC